CGUGAGGCCAAUUAGAAUCAUGGAAGCUCGGCCCCGGGCCGGCGGGAGGAGCGGUCUGUGUGGAUGACACUGGCGGGUUUAAAGGGCCGGGUCAGGCCACCGGCUCCAGCCCCUGUCUAGCUCGGGGGGCUAGUGUUACGGCCGUCGCGUGGGAGCAAUGACGGUGGAGCUACUGCGCACAGCGUUCCUGGGUAGACCCGGGGGACCGCGGAUGCUGGGGAUCUGGAGAGACUUUGCGGCUCAGGUGUUUGCCGCGACCCUCCUGCUGCUGCUGUCUCCGGCAGGAUUCGGAGCCAGGGCGAAGGACGACUUCAGUCUGGUGCAGCCGUUGGUGACCAUGGAGCAGCUGCUAUGGGUGAGCGGAAAGGAGAUCGGCUCUGUGGACACCUUCCGCAUUCCGCUUAUCACCGCCACUCCUCGGGGCACUCUCCUCGCCUUCUCUGAGGCCCGAAAAAUGUCCGCGUCAGAUAUGGGGGCCAAGUUCAUCGCUCUGCGGAGGUCCAUUGACCAGGGCAGCACGUGGUCCCCAACAGAGUUCAUCAUAGAUGAUGGGGAGACCCCUGAUGGGCUGAACCUGGGGGCAGUGGUGAGCGAUGCUGAGACAGGAGUGGUGUUCCUUUUCUACUCCCUCUGUGCUCACAAGUUCGGCUGCCAGGUGGCCUCCACCAUGUUGGUGUGGAGCAAGGACGAUGGCCUUUCCUGGAGCAAACCCCAGAACCUCUCCCUGGACAUCGGCACUGAGAUGUUUGCCCCUGGACCAGGUUCUGGCAUUCAGAAACAGCGGGAGCCGUGGAAGGGCCGGCUUAUCGUGUGUGGCCAUGGGACGCUAGAGCGGGAUGGGGUCUUCUGCCUCCUCAGCGAUGACCACGGUGCUUCCUGGCGCUACGGGAGUGGGGUCACUGGCAUCCCCUAUGGCCAGCCCAAGCAGGAGCAUGAUUUCAGUCCUGAUGAGUGCCAGCCCUAUGAGCUCCCUGAUGGCUCCGUCAUCAUCAAUGCCCGGAACCAGAACAACUACCACUGCCACUGCCGAAUGAUCCUCCGCAGCUAUGACGCCUGUGACACACUGCGGCCCCGUGAUGUGACCUUUGACGAAGAGCUCGUGGACCCCGUGGUAGCUGCAGGAGCUUUAGCCACCAACAGCGGCAUUGUCUUCUUCUCCAACCCAGCCCAUCAAGAGUUCCGAGUGAACCUGACCCUCCGCUGGAGCUUCAGCAAUGGUACCUCAUGGCAGAAAGAGAGACUCCAGCUAUGGCCAGGGCCCAGUGGCUACUCCUCCUUGGCAGUCCUGGAGGGCAGCAUGAGUGGGGAGGGCCAGGCUCCCCAGCUCUACGUCCUGUAUGAGAAAGGCCGGUACCAGUGCACAGAGGGCAUCUCCCUGGCCAAGGUCAGCAUCUAUGGGAUUUUCUGAGCUGUACUCCUGCCAUAGGGGUAAGAGGCCCUGGACUCAGCCUUAAAGACCAUGGGUCUAUAGAGGGAUCUGCUGGGGGGUACCUAAAAGGUAGUUCCACCUUCCUUUAGACUCAAUCCUUUUGCAGAAUCACCUGUUCUUUGACAGGGAAGUGACUGUUAAAAUGAAAAGCCUGACUUCCUCUUCUCACACAGGAAGUCCCACCCUCAACUGGAAGCACUUCCUUUCCACAGCCCUGCAUGUGGUUCCUUUACCCUCUCUGCCCUCCUAGGACAGUGAUUGGUCCUUUUCUUGGGCGAAGUGGAAGUGGGGCCUAGGUGGGCCUGUAGAAUUUAAUAAAUGUGACCUCAGAAUUGAGUAGGCAGAGCUUCCUCUUUGGGGGUGGAGGAAGUGACUGGCAUUGGAGAAGGGAGUCCCAGAGGCUCAGGAUAUUUGGUUUCAGGGUAAGGAACUAAGUGUCACCCCUCCCCUGUUACUAUUUGUGCAUCAAUGUAACUUAAAAAAUUUUUAAUGAAAGAGAACGAACAUUUGUAGAGGCUCUGUGGUUCUGUCGAUGCACGUCUUCAUGUUUAUUUUCUGAAAUACACUUGUGAGAGAGGGAAUGAGUUGUGGGGAGGGAGCUGGUGUGCUUAUUGCCUAUGAAACAUAUUGCCAAAUGAAAAUUGGACCUUGACAAAUGAAAUCCUCCUUUCUCUUUGAGAUUCCGUCUUCUCACAGAAACACAGAUUGAUCUUCAUGAGUGUAGUAAGGAGUAGGAAGGGAAACUCCACAAGAUGUUUAAAAUUUUCCUCAGCGAUAUCCAUCAAAAUUCCAACAGCUAUCAUUGCAGAAAUGGAAAAACCAAUCCUCAAAUUGAUAUGGAGUGGCAAGGGGUCCCAAAUAGUCAAACCAAACCCAUUGCCAUCGAGUUGAUUCCAACUCAUAGCAACUCAAAGCAAUCUUGAAAAAGAACAAAGUAGGAGGACUCACUCUUCCUGAUCUCAAAACAUACUGCAAAGCUUCAGUAAUCAUAACAGUCUGGUUCUGGUAUGAUAGACAGAUAGACCAAUGGAAUAGAAUUGAGAGUCCAGAAAUAAACCCGUACACCUAUGGUCAAUUGAUUUUCAAUAUGGGUGCUACAUCCGUCCAAUGGGGAGAGAAGUGUUGCUUCAAUAAAUGAUGCUGGGACACCUGGAUUUCCAAAAGCAAAAUAGUGAAUCUGGACCGAUACUUCACAUCAUAUAGAAAACUAACUCAUAAUGAAUCAAAAGUCUAAAUGAAACCAUAAAACUCUUAGAAGAAAACAUAGGAGUAAUGUUUUGGGACCUAGUUUUUAGUAAUGGAAUCUUAGCUAUGACACCAAAAUAUAAGCAACAAAACACAAAAUAGAUAAAUGGAACCUCAUCAAAAUUAAAAAGUUUUGUUCUCAGUUUGUGAGAAAAUUUUUGAAAGCCUGAUAUCAGAUAAGAGUUUAAUAUCCAGAAUAAAGAACUCUUAGAACUUAACAAAAGGACAGCCCGAUUUUAAAAUGGGCAAAGGUCUUGAAUAGACAUUUCACCAAAGAAGAUAUACAGAUGACCAACAAGCACAUAAAAAGAUGCUCACCAUCA